CUCCCCUCCCCCGAUAUAGUAAUAUAUUUACGUACCAAACGAAAACAAGCAUGGCGACUGACAGCGAAGUUCUUUAUGAGGGUUACUUCUAUAAGCUGUGUGGUUAUGACAAGAAAAAGGUCUUCAAUGUUCAAAGAUAUUCAUGGAAAGAACGCUACUUGAUGUUGAUCCGGAGAGGAGAAACUGCAACUCUUGCGUACUUCGACAAGAAACCAAAGACUACAGAGGAAACCCCAAGAGGUUCUUUAGACCUUCGUCCUUCCUUCAGUGUGUCAAAGAUUGAGAAGAAAAAACGUCCCUUUGCCUGUGAGAUAGUUGUAGGUACCAAAAAGUUGACCCUAGCUGCAGACAGUGAGCUGGACAGAGACUGCCUGACCUUCCAUAUACAGACACAGGCUAGGCUGAAUGAGGACGUGGAACAUGAGUGUUUCAGUGUGCGUCCGGACGGUUCAGAAGACAAUCGUAAAAUAGGAGCUCGGGGAAGCAUGUGUUACUUACACAUAUCACAGUGGGGGGUCACUUUAGCACUUCAGGUAUCCAGAAGUAUUUUAGCCCAGUGGCCACUGUCCUGCAUCCGUUGCUAUGAGUGUCUGACCAACAGCAAAUUCUCCAUAGAAACUGGCCGCCGGUCACCCAUGGGUCAAGGUCAUUAUGUGUUCAGCACAAGACCAGGCCUUGACCACUCCAUGUAUGAAAUACUUGACCAAUUUGUAAUGAAGGCCGCCGGACUUCUAGAGGAGAGUCCAGAGAUUGUGGUCAGUGAGGUUGAGAGACAGAUGGUCAGUGAGUACGACCACCUUCAUCUGUUGACCAGUGUCCACUGUGAUGGCAUGUUUAGUAAACAGCUUCAUAGAAUCUCCAGAGAUAACUACGACCAUCUGGUACUCAGGAACAGAGAUUUAGGCAGCAAAAACACAACCAAAAAGAAAAGCGAAGUGCCAGAAAUACCACAGGAAGACACCAUAUCAACAAGCAGUUCCCAAGAGUACCGUGAGCCAUCUCCACUAGGUGGCAGCACCAGCAAGCCAGACCUGAUCCAAAGUCCAUCCCAUAAUGCAUCAGUCUCAGGAGCCAGGGUUCCCUCUUCCAGUCGCCUGCCACCACAGGGGUCCUUGAGCAUCCCCAGGGUAAGGGAAGACAGCUCCCUGGGGGCCACAGGGGGUGAAGAACCCAGAAUGAUCCCAGGACGUCCACCCACCGUCAGGAAGUAUCCCACAAUGCACAGCUCCAACAGUGAAUGUAGCGAUCUUGGACCUGAUCAGUACCUGUCGUUUUCCCCCUCAGCUGGACAUCCGUCCCCUACCACCCCUGGAUCUGAAGACUUCAUGUCACCCCCGCCCAGUUUUAGUGAGGUGUCCCAGUACAGUUACAGCUUCUCACCUGAAACGACAGGUUUUAUUAAUGAGACAUAUCAGAAUGAGUCUCAGGAACAAGCUAAGGAUCAGAGAGGGGGGCACAAUCCCUCUCCAACUUCCAGUUACACUAGCAGUGCCCAGAAAUCUGCUCCUGAAGCCAGUGAAAAUAUCAUGUCCCAAAAAUUGGCUCCUUUGAAUCAAAAAGUCAGUACAAAAAUUCAAAAUGAUGAUGAUCGUCACAAUGUGAUUCCUGAUGAAUAUUUGACUCCUGGCGGCCAGGAGAACUCCCAGAGAGGAUUAAAAAGUUUCCAGUCACAGACCACACAGGACUCAUCACAUGACUAUUUAAUGGCUAGUAGUGGUCAUCAGGAAGACUCAAUGCCAAGGUCAAAAGGCCAGGAGUACUUAAUGCAAGGGUCAAAAGGUCAGGAGUACUUAAUGCCAGGGUCAAGAGGUCAGGAGUACUUAAUGCCAGGGUCAAAAGGUCAGGCGUACUUAAUGCCCAAGUCAGAGGGUCAGCUGGAUACGUAUUUGUUGGCAGGUUCUGAGGGUCCAGGAGGUCAACAUGUGGAGUAUAUGUUACCAGCCCCAGGUACAGCUGAUAGAUGUGAAUACCUGGCAAUGCACUCAAAUGACCCCACUGCUCAUAGUUACAGUAAACAAGAUUACCUGAAUUUAACAGCAGAGAAUGAUGGUGGCUAUGGAGCUCCAGUGACUGCAGAAGAUUAUCUUUUGGCGACAGAUUUUCAUUACAUGAGUCCCCAGUCCCGACCUCGCUCCCUUAGUACAGAUGAUCUGACAGCUUACGGAAACCAAGAGGCAAAUUCUGCAGAACUUGUCACCAAGACCCAACCUGGAUAUGGCUCUAAACCCCCACAGCAGACACAAACUGUGCUGGAACUCAAGAAGAUGUUUUCACUCAAGAAGUCAACAUCAAAUCCCAGUUUAGGAGAGAUAGACUUCUCUCAGCUUCCAAACUCUGAGAAUGUUCAUGCUGAGCCCAAUAUGGCAUCUGUGAAGCCUGCAAGUCGCUUUCCACCACAUCCCAGCCGAAAAAGUCCCAAAGCCAAAGACUCUGACAUUGUUCCCUCUGCUCAGUCCAAAUCUUUUAAGAAACCAACUCCUGGUUCAAUAGCCAAUCAGAUGCCUGGAUUUUCACCCAAUCAGACGCCUUCAAAUUUCAGUAAUAUUUACCCCAGUCACAUGGCCCCUACAACUAACAUUGGGGAAACUUUGUGCUGA